GGAUGACGUAGUCGCGACGAAGCCGGCUGGCUGAAACUAGUCGAUCGGCGUACCUAUUGUUAGUGCUGCGAACACCGUCUGGUAGAAAGAGUCAAACAAGUAUUACUCAUUGCCACCGACAUUCGGAUGCGUAUCUUCACGGUCGGGGAUGAUACUUGACUUUCACUGCCGGGGGUAUCCUUAUAUAUAGAAGUAUUCAAUCGAGACUCGCCUCUCAAUGACUUGAAGCUCGUGUCGAACAAUCAAGGAUUCGACCGUACCAAAUAAUCUUAGGAUGAUCGGGAUAAAUCAAACAAUCCGGUUCUCGAUGUUCGCCCUUCUAAUCGCCACGGUCAUUGUUGGUUCAGGAGCGCACGAAGGAAGUGGCGGAAGCAGUAGUCUAGCGUACAGCAGCGCUUCGGCGUCCGCAAACGCAUACGCGAAUGCAGGUGCAAGCGCAUUCUCGUUGAGUAAUGCCUUUACUGGAAUCGGAAGCCUACCUGCGGUUGAUGGGAGCCAUGACGGGCACAAAGGAAUUCGCAGUUACGACAACACUGGCUACAAUGGCAAUAAUCAGCCAAACGGUGGAGUCAAAGGAAAUCAGCAUGGUGGCUGUCCUAAGUGCAAGUGGGAAGACGACGAUUACUGGGAAAAAGACGAGGAUGAAACUGAACCAGAAGAAAAAGACGAAGACGAUUGCGAUGACGGGGACGAUGGACAGUAUAGAGAACACGGUCAUUAUCACGGACAGAAAAAUAAAGGAGGAUCGCCUCCGGGCGUACAGAAAUUAGGAGUGCUUAAUCCCAACGGUCAAGGACCACACACGGGAGUCAGCGCCACGUCAAAUGCUGCGAGCGGUGGAAGUGGCGCUCCAUUUGGAACAACGCCAAUUAAAGGAGGACGCCCUGAAACUGGGAGCUCGAGCUCAGGUUCACCAUGGAACAAAGCGUUCCCUGUAACCGGUCAGCAACCUGGAUCAGGAUGGAACACAGGCUCUGGAACUACGCCGAAACCCGCCUGGAACCAAGGGUUCGGUGGUUCACCCGGAACAGCUCCGCAUCCUUCUAACAGUUGGAAUUCUGGAAGUGUACCGAAUGCGGAUGUAUCGAGUCCUACCAGCGAUGGAAGUUGGAAUAGUGGUCCAAAAACAGGUUCUGGAUGCUCCGGCAAUUAUCAACACGGCACCGGCUGUGCUCAAGGUUCAAGCGGUGUUGGUCCUGUAAAACAAUCUCCAGUGCCAUUCUUUGGGAGCAACCCCGCAAAUGUUCAGAAGGAAAGUCCUGUUCAUUCCACGGGUCCAACAGCAGUAUAUAAUCCUCAAGGAUCUCCAGCCGGAUGUUCCAGCAGUCCUUAUGAUGCCAGUUGUGCCGAUAAAUCUGUUGAUCGAACGAGACCACAUGACAGUCCCUUUGCAUCAUCUUAUGGACCAAAUCCGAGCCAAGGCCAGCAUCCUGUAAGUGGAUCGCCUCAAAGCAGUCUUUCCGGUUCUCCUGUAGGACAAGGCCAAUAUCCGGGAAGUGGAUCGUCUCAAAGCAGUCCUUCGGGUUCUCCGCACGGUUCUCCCGUGGGACAGGGACAAUAUCCUGGUAGUGGAUUGCCGAAAAGUGGUCCUUCCGGUUCUCCACACGGUUCUCCCGUAGGACAAGGCCAAUAUCCGGGAAGUGGAUCGCCUCAAAGCAGUCCUUCGGGAUCUUCGCACGGUUCUCCCGCGGGACAAGAGCAAUAUCCUGCAAGCGGAUGGCCUCAAGGCAGUCCUUUCGGUUCUCCGCAUGGUUCUCCCGCUGGACAAGGCCAAUAUCCUGGUAAUGGAUCGCCUCAAAGCAGUCCUUCGGGUUCUCCGCACGGUUCUCCCGCGGGACAAGGGCAAUAUCCUGCAAGCGGAUGGCCUCAAAGCAGUCCUUCGGGUUCUCCGCACAGUUCUCCCGCGGGACAGGGGAAAUAUCCUGGUAGUGGAUUGCCGAAAAGUGGUUCUUCCGGUUCUCCACACGGUUCUCCCGUAGGACAAGGCCAAUAUCCGGGAAGUGGAUCGCCUCAAAGCAGUCCUUCGGGUUCUCCGCAUGGUUCUCCCGCUGGACAAGGCCAAUAUCCUGGUAGUGGAUCGCCUCAAAGCAGUCCUUUGGGUUCUCCGCACGGUUCUCCCGCUGGACAAGGCCAAUAUCCUGCAAGCGGAUGGCCUCAAAGCAGUCCUUCGGGUUCUCCACACGGUUCUCCCGUAGGACAAGGCCAAUAUCCGGGAAGUGGAUCGCCUCAAAGCAGUCCUUCGGGUUCUCCGCACGGUUCUCCCGCGGGACAGGGGCAAUAUCCGGGAAGUGGAUCGCCUCAAAGCAGUCCUUCGGGUUCUCCGCACGGUUCUCCCGCGGGACAGGGGCAAUAUCCUGGUAGUGGAUUGCCGAAAAGUAACACUGGUCACGGUUCCGAUACGGGGCCAUACGGAGGAUCUCCAUGGAACUCUCGAAAUACAGCCAGACCGGGAAGCUUAGGAAAUUCAGUAUAUCCGACAAGCCCUCAAAAUUCUAAUGCAAACGCUGUAGCUUCAAGCAUAGCGUACGCGGGAACUCGUGCGCCGACCGCUGGAAACGGUUUCGAUUCUAGCCAUCCUUCGAGCAGUCCUUCUUAUGGAUCUCCAUCUGGAAUUGCACAGACGCCAGGGUCUUCAGGUUCUCCAAACGGAAACGUUCCUUACGGAACUCAGAAACCUAAUUACACUGGUGUUAAAGGAGGUUCUUCGGCUACAGCACCUAAACACGGUACUCCCAAAAACGGAGAUAGCAAAAUCUUUUAUGUGAACGUAAAUCCUGUACCAGGAAGCCCUGCAGGGGUUAAACCUCAUACACCUACGGGUGCACCUUAUAGUGAUACCGGAAAAACACCACCUUCUUAUCAACCUGCUACUUAUGGAGGUACCGGAACGCCAAAGCCUUCUUAUCAGCCUGCACCUUACGGUGGUCCUGGAACGACAGAGCCUUCCUACCGUCCUGCUCCUCAUGAUAAUACUGGAACGGCAAAGCCUUCCUACCGUCCUGCUCCUCAUGAUAAUACUGGAACGGCAAAGCCUUCCUACCGUCCUGCUCCUCAUGAUAAUACUGGAACGGCAAAGCCUUCUUACCAACCUGCUCCUUAUGGGGGUACCGGAACGGCAAAGCCUUCUAACCAACCUGUUCCUUAUGGGGGUACCGGAACGGCAAAGCCUUCUUACCAACCUGCUCCUUAUGGGGGUAUCGGAACAGCAAAGCCUUCUUACCAACCUGCUUCUUAUGGUGGCCCCAGCACAACAAAGCCUCCGCAUGAACUUAAUUCUUAUCCAUCGGGAGAAACAGAUAAGGGUUGCACAAAUGGAUCUCAAGGUUGUGGAACUGGGAGCGGAUGCAGCAGUGGAACAAGUCUGAAUGAAUCUCCAGAUUACAAGCCUUGUAGUCCAAACGAUCUUUCAGUAGGUGUUAAUAAGGCUUCUAAACCAUUAGGAGGUUUUGAAGCAAACCCAAAUGAUUUUUCGCAAAGUCCUCAACAAAUCACGCCUGGAACUGGUCCGCAAGGUUGUACAUCUGGAACCAGCGACGAGUGUACCUCUGGACCAAGCAAUCCUUUAUACGUUUACAAGACUGAAACAACGAAUAAAAUUCCUGGAGAAGGAGUAGGGUCGUAUCCGUCGAAUCCUUUCUUAACUGGAAAGAUUCCUAGUUCUGGUGCUGGUGGUCCUCAGCUAACAGCUACUAGUAAGCCAAUCGGUUAUGGAAAUCCCUUCCUGCAAGGAACUGGUGCAGUCGCGGGAGCGGGAGCUUGGAGUCAUGUAGGCGCAGGAGUAGCAGCGAGUCCAGGCAGCGGUGGCAAGAACGUUGUUUCGAUCGGAGAACAAGCACCUAAGCCUAUUGGCAAAGAUAAUCCUUUCCUUAAUGGAUUAGGACACGGAAGGGGAGACAUCGGAAUUGAUGCCACGCCUAAUUCAAUUCCUGGAGGAUCGUUUGCUCCAGACAGUAACAUGGGUAAUAGCGGACUGAGUCAAACGAAUGGAAGUCCUUCCUUUGGCGAUAAAACACAACAAGGACAUUCCGAUCAUUAUCCUGGCUCGAUUUGGAAUUCAGGUUCAACGAACGACGGAAGCUCUUCAGCCGUGAGAAAUCCAUCCACAAUAAACCGUGGCUCGGGAAGCGGAGGAGGUGUUGGAAUUGGUCCGGGAGGAUUUGGAAAUCUUUUCGGUGGUGCACUUUCUGGAGCUUUCAGCAGUGCACAAGCUUCUUCACACGCCAAUUCUGGUUCUGGAGUUGCACCAAACACAGGUUUCGGACAAGCAAACAGUGGAAGUUGGGCUUCCAGCGGAGCGUCGGCAGGAAGUCAUGCUGGAAGCGGUGCCUUGUCCUCCAGCGGUGCUUCCGCUUAUGCGAGUAGCAGUGCUAGCAGCUGGGCAGGCGCACAACCCACUUUCGUGAAAGGCUAAGCGAUGGAAACGAACGAUAUUUCCAGGAGAAGAUAAAUUUCAAUCAUCCGCAAAUUACGUAAACGACUGUUUCACUCUGCUUCGUUUGUAUUUCUAUUCGUAACUCGUUUUACCUACUCAUCUUUUAUAAUACAAACAAAUCGAUGUACGAGCAAAAUUACCGUUCUUUUUAGAAUUCUCUACACGCGCCUUGAUAAUUCGCCGGUAAUUAAUGGUCAAUUCUUCGAAGCGAUUGUAUUCUUAUUAUACGGCGAUUCUUAUCGAUCGGUGUUUAAUGAAUAAUGACGUAACUAACGAAUGAAAUAUGUUGUUAAACAGAUUUAAUACAUAUGGUAAUGUAUCAAUAAAAAGAAUUAUUUUUGAUGAA